AUGGUAAUUGAUCAAAAGAAUGUGUUAGAAAUGGGAACAAACAUGAACAAACUUGUUUUGCCACAACAUUCAACAAGGGAGACACAAGUAGUUAUUCACAAUAACAAAUACCUUCCAAAGAAUUACAACCUUGUUGCCUAUGUCACUGUCUCGGAGAACAACAAUGACAACAACAACAAUAAUAGUGAAGAGUAUAAGAAUAGUAAGAGUACUAACAAUAAAAACAACAACAACGAGGAGUAUUCCGGUGGUGGCAAUACUAACAACAAAAACAACGCCGAGGAGUACAAGAAUAGUAGCAGUACUAACAACGUGAACAACAACAAUGAGAAGUACUACAAUGGUGACAAUACUAAGAACAAAAACAACGACGAGGUGGAAUACUACAAUGGUAGCAGUACUAAUAACAACAACAACAACAGUAAUGAGUAUUAUAAUGGUGGCAGCACUAACAACAAAAACAACAACGAGGAGGAGUACAAUCAUGGUGGCAGUCUUAACAACAAAAACAACAACGAGAAGUAUUAUAAUAGUGAUAGCACUUACAACAACAACAAUAAUAACGGCAAAGCGCAAACAAUUACUAGCUACAACAAAAACAGUAACAAUAACAACAACAACGAGGAAUACUACAACAAUGACGAGGAGUAUGAACAACAAAGCUUGAUUUGGGAUUAA